GCAGCUGUGCUGCUGCUGAAAUCAAAAUAAUUCCAAAGCAAUCCUCAUCUUCAUUUGUUGUUUUAUCAGUAAUGCUAAUUCGAUUUCCUAUGAUGUUCAUUGGAUCUUACAUAUUUGGGUUGUUGUAAACAGUAAGACUGUUUUGUGCAUUUAUUUAAGUCACCAUGUCUGAGGGCCGGCGAAGCAGUGGUGAGCAGUCAGCCUCUGACAGUGAGGAAGAAAACAGACCUGGCAGUGCCGCGAGUGCCGCCGGCAGUAACGCCGGCAGCCGCUCGGGCAGUAACGCUGGCAGCCGGUCGGGCAGCGAGGCGGGCAGCCCGGCCCGCGGCGGCGGCGGCGGUGACGCGGGCGGCGACAGCGGCGACGAGGCGUUCGCGCCCUCCGACGAGGAGAUGCCGUCCCAGGGGGAGGAGGAGGCCCCGGCCGGGACGAAGGAGCCGGCCGGGGAACAGGAGGAUGACCGUAUGUCGGUCGGCUCGGCCCGAUCGGUGGGCAGCCGCCGGUCGGCCGCCGGCGCCCGCUCCAGGAGCGGCUCCGCCAACUCUGCCGCAUCUGGUAAGAGCAGGAACAGCCGCAGCAAGAGUCGAAGCAAGAGUCGAAGCCAAAGUCGUAGCAAGAGCCGCAGCAAGAGUCGCAGCAAGAGUCGCAGCAAGAGUCGCAGCAAAAGUCGCAGCAAGAGUCGCAGCAAGAGUCGCAGCAAGAGUCGCAGUAAGAGUCGCAGUAAGAGUCGCAGCAAGAGUCGUAGUAAGAGCCGCAGUAAGAGUCGCAGUAAGAGUCGCAGUAAGAGCCGUAGCCGCAGCCGAAGUGCCAGUGCGGCAGGGAGCCGAAGCCGGAGCCGCAGUGGCAGUCGUGGACGAAGCCGCAGCAAGAGCGGCAGUCGCAGUCGCAGCCGCAGUGCGGCAGGCAGCGCCGCCAGCCGCAGUCGCAGCCGCAGCGGCAGCCGGCCGAAGAGCCGCGGCAGUGCCAGAAGUCGCAGCGGCAGUCGCAGCGGCAGUCGCAGUCGCAGUGGCAGCGGCAGUCGCAGCAGAAGCCGCAGUAGGAGCGGCAGCAGGAGCAGCAGCGGCAGCCGGAGUCGCAGUAGGAGUCGCAGCGGCAGCCGCAGCAAGAGCCGCAGUCGCAGUCGCAGCGGCAGCAGGAGCAGGAGCGGCAGCCGGGCGUCAGGAGACGAGGAGCGAAAGUCGGUGGUGGACAGCGACGACGAGAGAAGCCGCGCCGGCAGUGGCUCCGACUCCGACGGCGAAACGGGCGCCAAGAAGAAGGUAGGCUCCGACGCCGGCUCCGACACUGAGACUGCCGGACGGAAGCGAAAGCGACGAAUCAUGUCCGACAGUGAGGGAAGUGACGGAGAGGGAGGAGGCGGCGCGAAGGAGGGAGGCGCCGCCUCCGGAGACGAGGGAGAGGGAGACAAGGAGACCGCCGGAGACGGAGACAAGGCCGACGCCGAGGACGGAGACAAGGAAAAGCCGGCGGCGGCCGCUCCGCCUCCCUCCGACUCCGACUCGGACGAGGGAAUCACAGCCGCUGAUGGAGAGACUGAAAACACCGGCAUGUCCGACUUCGAGCUGAUGCGCAUGCGCAAAAAGAACGAAAACUCGCGACGCCGCAAACGCAAGAAUAUCGACAUCAUCAACGACAAUGAUGAUUUGAUUAUGCAGUUGAUUCGUCAGAUGCGGGAAGCGGCAGAGGACGAUCGUGAGCUUAACCAGAACCGUAAACCAGCCACCCGUAAAAUAUCUAUGCUGAAGACGGCCAUGUCUCAGCUGGGUAAGCAGGAUCUUCAACUGGCCUUCCUCGAGUCGAACGUGCUCUCGGUGCUGACGGACUGGUUGGCGCCGAUGCCGGACCGCUCGCUGCCCAGUCUGAAGAUCAGGGAGCAGGUGCUCAGCCUGCUACAGACGUUCCCUAUGCCGGACCAACAGCUGCUCAAGUCCUCGGGCAUCGGCAAGGCGGUGAUGUACCUCUACAAGCACCCGCGUGAGACCAAGGAGAACCGCACGCUGGCCGGCAAGCUGAUCAGCACCUGGUCCCGGCCCAUCUUCAACCUCACUACAGACUUCACAGCCAUGUCCAAGGAGGAGCGGCAGCAGCGAGACAUGGAACAGAGCAGCAAGCGGCCCCGGGAGGACCGCGAUCCCAAACAGCUCGAGGAAAAGGUACUGAGACCGGGCGAUCCCGGCUGGGUGGGUCGCGCCCGAGUGCCCAGGAUGUCCGACAAAGACUACGUCAACCGACCCAAAUGGACCAACACCGGAGAGUGUGCGCCGGUGACAAAGAAGGAGGUGACCCGCCUGGAGCGACAUCAGCGCGCCUUCAAGGAGCGAGAGCGGCGAGCCAAGAUGCAGCGCGCCGUUCAGAUCAGCAUAGAGGGACGGAAGAUGGCGCUCUGAGCCCGCCUCUGCCCGUCGCGUGCUGACGUUUAUAGGUUUAAACUGUUGAGAUCCUCCUCAACCUGUUGAUACCGCUCAAGUGGCCUCCGUGGCCAGAAACUCCGGUCGCACACACUCAAAUCUGGAGUUCACUUACCAGGCGACCACAUGCUGUGCCGGACGAUGCGGAACAUUACCAUUGCGGCUGUGUGAGAUGUCAUCGGCUUAGUGUGAGUGACGUCAUCAAUGUGUCUGUGUGACGUCACCAGUGCUGUGUGUGACUCCACCGGAGAAGCGGGGCGCUGUGUCGGUUUUGGCCAUGUUUUCUUUGAUUGUUUUCUGCACCCGCCGUUGUGUUCUAUGAGCUGGUAAAAACCAGCUUUGAACUGGUAAAAACCAGCUGUGUUACCUACAUUGGCCCGUCCCCUCAUGAGCUGAACCGUCAAUAGACGUGGUGAGCCAGGACCCGGUCUUGUUAGUCCAAAAAUCGCAUCAGAACAGGGUAGGAGGUGCCUGCUCCUCGGGCCUAGGCCUGGCGUUCGACUCAGUUGAGAGAGACUGCGAAAGAAGCAUCGACUAGAUGCUUACGGAACGGAGUGAGAUGAAUUGUCAAUUGAUCGGACUGAACUGCGCAGAUCUACUGAGAUGAGUUAAGCUGUACCGAACUCAGCGUAAGUUCAAGAGUACGAUGAGUUUAGCUAGCCUGAGUUGCGUGUUUUAGGGUUGGAUUUGUCGGGCCGAUUAAACUGUGUGAUCCAAAGUGCGAUGAGUUAAGCGGAACUCAACUGUGCUGUGUGAUCCAUAGUGCGAUGAGUUAAGCGGAACUCAACUGUGCUGUGUGAUCUAUAGUGCGAUGAGUUGAGCCGGACUGUGCUGUGUGAUUCAUAGUACGAUAUGUCUCGAUGGAUGAACUGAGUGAGGCGGUCGGGGAGUACUUGCUGUCGCUCUGUGACUAUGAGUGAACUCCGACUGUGACUGUGACUGUACUGCGACUGUGACUGAGUAGACCGAUGUCCCGCUGUGGUCCCGAACUGGCGUUCUGUGCCUGUCGGCUGGCCGGAACAAGUCCCAGUAUCUAUUACCACACAUUGAACACACCCUCAUAUUGUCUGAUUUUGCCGCGAACCCGGUGUGUUUGUGGCUAGUGUCAAUACAGACCUUCGGUGUGUGUGUCGACGAGACUGAGCCCAGGUGUCUCAGCCACAUACUGGACUGGUCUAAUGUGCUGUGGCCGAUAGGACUGAACCCCCGGUGCCUGUGGCCAAGCGGUGUCUGUUGUAUGGCCAUUCAGAGCUGAGUGCUGUUGGGCUGGCGCUUCGUGUACGGAUGGGGGCUCUUUCUGAGCGAAAUAAAUGGCGAUAGCCGAUG